GUUAAGUGCUCGUAGGAAUGAUGCAUGGUCAAGGUCAAAAUCCAUAGCAAAACAUUUUAAUUUAUUCAACUAUCGACUGUAACACGUAGGUCGUAGAGCAUAACUUCAAUAUUAAUAAAAAUGUAAUAUGAAAGAGCUCCACACGCAGUUUCAUGCACUCGCUCCAUCUCACUCUCUCGUAUUCGUGCCAUAUGUCGCCUUAUCUCUUUACGUGGACUCGUGUCGGUUCGAGACUCGUUCGGGUGGACUCGCCGCGCCACGCCUCCGCGCCGCGCGGUACCUAUGCUCUAAUCAUGUCCGCAUGUCCGUCAUGUUCAACGCGUUCGUAGUUCCUGCAUAACAGUACACUUGGAAUGGAAAUGGAACUGUCUGAACAUGUUAAUUUUGACAACUCGGAUUGAAUGAUAUAGUUCCAUAUGAGGACAUAGUUCCAGGAACUAUUUAGGUCCGGAACUACGCAUGUCUAUUGUACAUAUGACCACCACAGAUAAUACACAUAUGUACGACUUCACAAUAUUAUUCAUCAAUUAAUUAUUCAAAUAGCUUCUGCUGCGUUAUAUCGUUAUUUUAAUUCAAUAAUGGAUCACUUUGGACAAGGGAUGAAGGGCCCUACUAGACCUGCCCCUAACGUGCCUGUGAAUGGAGUGCACCGCUACUGUCCAACUACUAAUUGGGAUAAUGAUCCGUUUGGUGAUGUGUUUGAACCUACUCCACAUGUCCAGAAGAAAAAGCCUCCCCCAAGACCACCACCACCCAGAGUAAUAAGCAAACAACCUGAUAUUCCAGCUAAACCUUCCCAUUUUAUUAGAAAACCAAAUGUGCUGUCAUCUUUACUAUCCCGUAAAAAUAGACCAGUUAACAAUCAAAAUAUUAAGCUACAGGGCAUAGUAUCUGACUUUGAAUGUGAAUUGGAUUCAAAUAAAAUGUUUCCAAAAUGUGAACCAAAGAAUAUACAGACUGGUGCUUUGAUCGACCUAUCUUCACCACCCAGUUCUCCUACAUUUACUACAAGGUCUAGCAGCGAUGGUUUAAGUGUGGACAGCUUUGGUUCCGAUGCUACAACAUCCACUAGUCAUCAAAAUGCUCUCAACGGAAACUCCUCACAAGCCGAAAGUGGUUUUGAAGAUGAUUUUGAUCUAUUUAUGAACACAAGGAAGAAUGAUACAGUCGAUGAUAUGACUGUGAUUGAUCCUUUUUCACCUCAACCAGCUAAACCAUUAAUAAUGAAAAAACCAAUGUUAAUGAAAGAUCCAUUUGAUUUAACAAGCAUUAAUCUACAUGCCCAAGUUCCUUCAUUGAAAGGUCCAACAAUUAUCAGGGCAAAGCCCGCCAGGCCUAAACCACCAGACAAUGUAGUACUAUUGAAAAAUAGUUUAGGUGACAACUUCUCUGUCACCAAAAUGAAUGUUAACAUGACAAAACCUCUACAAAAAGUGAACCAAUAUUCAGAUAAUUAUGAUACAAAAUUGAAUUGGGAAGAAAAUGAUGUUGAGAGUGAGGAUAGAGAAGGGUCUCCACCAAUGCCCACAAUACCUCCACCUCCACCACCUUUGCUAUCUGAUGAACCCACACCUUGGACUGACUCCAUGAAUUUUGAAGAGCUAAUUUCAGAAGACGAUCCAUAUGCAAUUGCUCUCUUUGACUACUUCACUGAUCAUCCAGACGACUUGUGUUUUUCAGCCAACACCAGAAUCAAGUUGAUAAGGCGAGUGGACCACGAAUGGUUGUUCGGACAAUUAAAAAGCGGAGUCGAAGGCAUCUUUCCCUCGAACUACGUGGAGAUCAAGGUACCUCUUCCAAACGACGCUGCUUCUCCGAGACCUUCGAUUGGAACUGCAAUAGCUUUGUACAACUUCGAAUCCAACGAGGUUGGGGAUUUACCCUUCGUGCCAGGAGAUAGUAUAACAGUACUCGAAAAACUCAACGACGAAUGGUACUAUGGCGAAUGUAACGGAAAGAAAGGUCAGUUCCCCGUUAACUAUGUCCAAAUGAGUUAACUAAGGGACAACUGUUGUUGUGAUCAGUGUGAUUGUGAUUUUUAUAAUCGCCAGAUGUUUGUGAUAUUUCACUAGACUGGACCGUUGUUUUUUUAAAACAUAUCGACGCUUGAAAGGCAAACGUGACUAAGCGACAAUAACUGCUUUGUACAUAAAUGAUAGGCAAUAACCAUAUUCGAUGCGCAAAAUAAAUAAAUUUCUAGGUCUAUUAAAAUCAUUUCAAUCCUACAGCUACUCGCUAGAUUCUACUACAGCGAGAUUCGUUAAAAUAAUUUUUGUUUUCAGGUAUUUCAACUUUAAAUUAGUUUACUGUAAAGUUCACGCAUUGUCGCUUAGUCACGUUUGCCUUACAAGCGUCGAUAUGUACAUGAUAUUAAGGUCUAGUUUACACAAAACGAAAUCUUUACAACGCAAUAAGAGAUAUCCAGUCCUCUUUCGUUCAGUGAGUUAUGAAUUAUAUUUUAUGAAGCCAUUUUUAACUUGUACAACUUUACAAUGUUGCCAUAAUAACGUAAGUUUGUGCUAAUUUACUUCAUUAGCUUGUUAAUGAAAUUGACCCUGUCUAAAUAAAAAGCAAUGAAGGGUGAAUGGCAAUCGAACGGUUGUAGAUACAUAAAUGUGGUCUUGAAAAAAAAAAACGUUCAUAGUUUCCAAAAACAAUUCUUAAUUUGGUUGUGCCUGAUUUUUUGUUAAAUCUAAACCGAAAUACGAUCUGAUUAUUAUUAACUAUAACCUGCUUAUCGUUUUGUGGGCAUAUCUGAAAUAAAAGUAGUGAUUUCUGAUUAAUUUUGUUUAACAAAAUGUUGAACGUAUUGUAGUUUAAAUUUUAUAUGAUGUAACAAUAAUUAGUUGUUUAUUUUGUCCAAAGUAUUGUUAUUUAUGUAAAAUUGUUUAUUACAGGUGCAAUGUUAUCUUUUAAUGCUGAUAAUAAUUUAUGAAUCAUGUUUGUGCCUACGUUAUCAAAAUAAGUUGAUACUUAAUAUUAUAUAUUUUGAUAGUUUUGUUUUUAAUCAAGAUACGGAGCGGUUUUACUGUAAAUUUUUAUAGGUUUUCACCGGUCUUAUCGAAACACUCAUUUUAUUCACGUAAUAUUUAUAAAUUUUGGGAUAUUUUAAAUAAAGCUCAUCAAGCUUCUAUUUCUUACGAUUAAAAUGUUACUAACACAAUCUCUUGAGACAUUAUCCACAUUUCUCAUAGUUUUUGUAAAAGCGGUCGUUACAACGAAAAAAAAAAAAGAUUUAAUGCUUUAAAAUAUAUAAUUAGGUGGUUAAAUACAGCGGGAUUAGAUUAUAAAUUAUAGGCUUCCAAACAUUAAUACGUUUUAUUGAACUCGUGGUGGCAGGGAGUGUUGUGAGCUUGCACGAGAUGAUGCGAAACUGUUUGGAUUGUAAAUUAUAUGGUGUUUCAUUAUUAAAUUGAUAACGAAAAUAAUAUACCAAAUUAAAUAUUAUAGUGUCAGCUAAAAUGGUGGCACCGUUUCACUAGCGUUUAAUGGUGCGCGUAAUUGGCCAUUCGUUAAUUGCGAAAGGACGCUAGCCUUUUUAUGAUUUACCUCUUACCUCCAUAUAUAAUGUAUCCCCCCUCUAGGACCCUUACGUAUUUAAUUAUUGAUCCCCAAUAAAUCGCACCUUUAGAAUUAUAGAGACCCAUUUCGAAAUUUUUGGAUUUCAACUUUAAUUCAAAAAUGGAUCUAGAAACAACCCUUUUCAGCGACUCUUAUUAAUCAAAUGAGCAAAAGUAGCCUAUAAAGGGACAAACUUAUCCAUCGGUCUCUUUCACUCCGUCCCCUUCCUCUACGUUUUGGGUUGGGUCCCUAUAAUUCUAAAGGUGCGAUAUAUCAAGCCCUCUGCUGUGCAGUGCAAGAAUAUGUUAAUCUUUAAUAUAGGUAAAUUGUAUAAUUAUAUUAUAAUGUAACAGUGACCUCUUGGUUUUCUCGUAGUUUGAUCAUCGUCGGUCUAUAUAAGAAAUGUUGAGUUCGAUUAUACAAAAAAAAAUCAAUAGGGCAAAAAAUAAUAAACAUUUCAAUACACACAAGAUUUGACAAGAGGAAAUAUAUAUAUUUUUUAAAUAAACUAUUAUAUUGUCAAUGAAAUGUAUGGAUGGUAUUGAAUUUCUUAGUCAAUUUUAUAAAUGCAAAGAUUUUAUUGUACUGUAUUAUUUUAAGUAUUUUUUUUUUAUUGUUGGAGGGACCAUAAUAUAAGUGCCUUUAAUGUAUGUUACGUAACUAUGUGUAUAUAUGAUGAAUCUAUUAAUUAUAUUAUAUUCAAUAACAAAUUAAAAACCAAUUUAAAAAUGUA